AUGAUCGUACUGGCCAGGCGCUGUCUCUAUCCCGUUCUGACUACAAUUUCUAAAUCAAAAAAACAUUAUGACCACCAAGGAGAAGUGUCUUCCUGUACGUCUUCGAUCUGAACCCACGUUUUCGCUGCGCUUGAGGAGUAUGUAAUGCGCUUUGUGGGCUUUGCUUCCCAGUAGCCACCCCGUGUGUCCGGCCAGUGGUUGGAGGUUAUUUGCGGCUGGUAACUAUGGACUCCGCAAAUGGAUUCGGCGCGAAGCUCCUGGCUGUCAUCUUCUUCGUCGUCGCGACGCAAUGCACAGGUCAAAGCAGCCCGAACUCUCUUCAAGCUCCGUUCAGCAUGAGCAUCGACCUCGAUCCCAACAAUUUACCAGCACCAGGAAACUCGAAGAUCGUGUUGGCAACACAGGAGUUCCAGUUAUGGUUGGAACUUACCGGCCGCUGCAGUCUAAGCUUGCGGCGCCAAUACUCCGCUCCUGUUGCACGCCUCGUGUGGACCGCGAAUUACUUUACAGUCUCCCCUGACGGCGCUGACAGAUGCACCCUAACGUUCACGAAGGACGGGGACCUUCAGUUGUGGGUGCUAUACCGGCAACAAACAUUUAUGGUGUGGAACAGCAAAACUGGCGGCAAGGGUGUUACCAAAAUGGCCCUAGAAACUAACCCUGAUAGAGGCGAAUUUAAGCUGCUGACACCCCGCAACCAAGCCGUUUUCAGCAGCUUCGCCAUCAAGGAAUUUGCCAUCCUCCCAACACAGAAAUUUUGGGCAGGAGAGUUACUGAAGAGUCCGGAUACGGUCCAGGAGAUACAGGACCAAGAUCGUCGCAUACUACUCAAUAAGGGGCACUACCUUUUGGCGAUCAACAAUGGCGACCUUCAGCUCCUCUUGAAUGGUCCCAAACCCCUGGUUUACUGGAGCCUGAAGAAAUCGGGGCUGUUCAAAGGAGACCUCAGCCAAGUUGCAAAUGCAGCUGUGACUGAUCCUAGGACGGGAGGAAUCGGUCUGUUCACGGCGGCCGGGAAGCUUGUGUGGAGCUCAACUCUCCCGCCUCAAGGAUUUUUUGGCGACACCUACUUCGGCAUUGAUUACUACGGCAACCUCCGGGACUAUUACAUGUACAAGGGGCAAGUCUGGUUUACAGCAUUUCAGGCUCUGGCUGGUGACUGCGAUCUUCCCAACUUCUGUGGCGAUUACUCCCUUUGCACCAACUCCACGUCUGGGACAACCCAAUGCAGCUGUCCACCUGGAUUCCAGAGAAUGGCUGGGCGCGAAACCUCUCCGUUUUGCGGGCGAACGGGGACAGUGGCCAAGUGUGCGAGGAAGUCUUUCGUAGAAGUGAAGGGAUACGACUCCGUGCUCACCACUUAUGCCACCCCGGAGAAGGUGACUCUAGCCUCUUGCAAGACCUCGUGCUUAGCGUCUUGUGACUGCGACGGCUUCUUCUACGAUACCAAGACCCAGGCGUGCUUCAAGCAAUCAUUCUUCCUUACUCUGAGAAAGGUCACUGCGGCCAACAAGAUAGCCUUCAUCAAGGUGUAACAAUCUACACAAUGCAAUGCAAGCCGCUGCUAGCAUCUAGACAUUUAGAUUCGGCAGCUCUGCUCGUGAAAUGUAGGUUGUACAACACGAUAUCUGCUUGCUGGUGUGGCUGCUUCGACACUACCAGGCGUAACUCUUGAUGGACAGACGCAUUUUUGGGUGCUCACUUCUGUUGUGGAUCAUCUAGCAACCGAGAAUGAUGCAUGUAAAUAUAAGGAGUUGUUAAUACAAGAAUGUUUUGUGUUGAAUGAUAAAAUGAA